AUGGUUGCUGAAGCAUGUCCCAACAGUGAAAUGGUUAUAAUUGGUAUUUAUGGAUUAGCUAGUCCAUCAUUCUAUUUAUACGUAUUUGGAUCGACUUAUGUUUAUACAUCAAAGUACAUUCCAGCAAAUGACAUGAUAUACUUUUUAUCUCCAUUAGAUUAUAAUUCGAUUACCAAAUUACUCUUGCAUAAAUACAGUGUUGAUCUAGACCCAAUAACCACUUGCAAUAAUCCAGAAGAUUUUGACAAUCCUCCUCUCAAGAAUGUAACAAUAUUAACAAUAAAUGACCUUUAUAAUCCCGUUCUUCCUAAAAUAUCAGUUUAUCUUCAUACUAAUGCAUUAGGAAUUGUUAGUAUGGAUUAAAAACUUUAUGAUUUCACAGGGAAUAUUUCUAAAAUUGUCUUCAAUCAAGUAUCAGAUUUGCAAUGUUUGGGACCUUUUAUAUAAAAAUAGAUGUCUGUAGUUAACUAUGAUUUCAAUCUUGAUCCUGUUUAGUUCUUUGAUUCUUUAAUGUAUGAAUCUUGUAUAGGCACUAGGACUUAUAUUUAAGAUAAAUUCAGUUAUUAUAAUUCAACCUCUGAUACUAAUUUCAAGUUUAAUAAGGUAAUUUCAAAAAUAAACGUGACUAUAAAUUAUACAGCAGAUUACGAUAAGUAUGUUGGUUCAAGAUAUAUAGGAGUAUUCCCUUAGGUACUUGGAAGUGGAGGGGUGGCAAAAUCAUUAUUAACACGCUUUAUUCCUAAAUCUGAAUAUGUAAAAGAUGUAACUGCACCAGACCAUAAUUUCAAAAGUUGCAGUUAAAAAAUUUACCCCUUGUUUUGGGGUGAAUCCUACCAAGUUCAAAUAUAGCAAUCUACCCUUGAUGAUUAUGGCAAUAUAUUAAUGGCAGGGAGUUCGGAUAAGCUACCAUUUUCUUAAAUCUUAAGCGGUGUUGCUACUUUACUUCAAGGGUUUGUGGCUUUGUUUGAUUAAAGAGCUUAACCUCUUUGGAUUUAUACAGCAUCAUAAAUUUUUCAAGCCGCUUAUAAUUAAACUUGUGUUAGUGUAUCUCAGUAUGGUGAAUAUGUUUAUGCCUUAUGCACUCUAAGAGAAACUGAAUAUUUAUAUAGCAGAGACAGAAUAUUGGCACUGCUAAAGUUUCAGCAUUCGAAUGGAAUGCUGAUCUACUCCACGAAUUUACCUAACAAUACAAAUCAGUAGGGAGACUUUGUCUAAGGUCUAGCGGGAGAUAAAGUACUAGUUCUCUUUAGAUAUUUUAAUAAUGCAAACAACCUAACUGGCUAAGCAGCCCUUGUUUAUGAUGAUAUCAUUGAAUCGCCUUAAUGGUAUAAAUUAUACAAUUCUAAUUAUUAGGAACCUACUUUCUUAGAGCCAACACCUAGAACAUAUCUAGUUAAUUAGGGCACAGGCUUUUACUAUAUAUUUGAGUCAGUCCCUAAUUUAUUCUUUUAAACUUACAAAGUUAAUAUUGCAACCGGACUUAUUGAAGCUAUAUCUAGAUGCACCCAGGUUAGUUAAGUGACUAUGGGUUUCUUUUAUGCAACAUUUUUUAGCACUAAUUAGAUAAUAUAAGGAGCUAUAAAUAUGAUUAUUGGCUCAAACAUUGCUAUUAUCCAGAUUAUUAACCAGAAUGAUCUCACAGUAACUAAAUAGGUUAAAUUGUCAUUUGGGACAGGAUAUUAAUUAGGUAACAUUGCUAUUGAGGUGAUGAAUAAUAACCAAGAUAUCUAUGUAGUAUUUUCAGAAAAGUAGAUAGUAGUUGCAAAAUUAGAUGCAAAUUUGCAGUCUUAAAAAUAUACAACCUUCAAAAAUAUUUACUCUAGUGCUAAAAUUUAAAAUAUAAAAAGCUUUAAUAAUGAACUACUCUAUUUCUUCAACACUCAAACUGUUUAAGCUAAAUACUCAGCAACAAUAAUGAGAUCUGAUGCAGAGUUAAAUUUUGAAGAAUUUUAAAUAUUUAGUGGAGAAAGUAUAGAUCUUUAAUCUACUGAUUAGACUUGGAAAAUUUAGGCUGAUUCGACAAUUAGCACACCUAAUACCCUGAUCACAGAUUUUAGUCCUGGAAUAGAUGGGAACAUAUUAACUUAAUUAAUGCUAAAAUCUACUAAUUUAAACUGGACAACUUAAAGCUACUCUCCUUCCAUUGUCAAGAGAAAUGAUAAUGGUUUAUCAAUAAUGAGAUUAAAUUUUUUCAACGGAAAGUAGCAUUCACCUGGACCAAUAAUUAAUGAAAAUUUAGAAGCGGUCUUUACUUAUGAAAUUGUGCGAGCAACAGGGAUAUAAGAGAUUUAACUCUAAUAGCUUUAAGACUAAUCAAUUUGCUUUGAUAGACCAAUUAAGAUUGUUUUGAUUUGCACUAUUAACAAUAAUGAGAUUAUGUUCUACCCUUAUGUUAAACUUGAUAACAUUACAAACAAGAUUAUUGUCAACACAACAAUGAUCAACAACGUCAAUUACUUUCCAGGUUCUUAUUAUGUAAAAGUUAGAUAUUAGGACGCAUAUCAAGUAGAGGCAAAGAUUUACUUUGAAACAAUCAUUUAAAUUAGAAUAGUGAACUCAGCUAAUAUCUCUAUAUCCUAGUCAAAUUUUACUUAAUGCACCGUGAAUCCUUUUGCAUUCAGCUACAACUUUAAAUAAAUUUUUCCACUCUCACUAUUCUUGACUGAAGAUGAUGAAAACAUGAUAUUAGGAGGUUAUGCAAGGAUAUUAAGUGGAAGUAACGAGGCUUUUGUAAUGAGAUUGUCAUAAACUGGUAGACUUGAAUGGAUCGUUGUAAUCUUAAGUUUAGUCCAAUCAUAAGUAAAUAGUGUCUUAUAGUAGAAUUACUAAGUCUAUUGUCAAUACAGAACUGUCAAUUAAUUUUUUGAUUCCUAAGAAGCUAUUGUUAAGAUGACUUAUGGUGAAGGGAAGAUUAUUUGGGCCAGAAAAAUUCAAAUGGAUUUAGCUAUAUUUAAAAGUAAACUUGCUUUUGCAGAUAAUUAUGAGAUAGUAGUAGAUCCCUUUGACCCUAGUCGAUUCGCAGUGCUCAGCAAAUAUAGGCUUGAUUUAUCUUCAAGGUAUAUUAUUGCAUUUUCUAUGCUGUAAGAUGAUUCUGAUGGUUUGAUUAAUCCUUUUAAUAUCUUCAUUAAAGACUAAUCAACUUAAGUUGAUGCUAAUAACUAAGCUGGAUCUAUAAUAUUUGAUUUAGACUAAAAUUGCACCUACUUCACGGGCUUUAUUAGAAACAAGGAUAACAAUACAGGAAGUGGCUCAUAUGAUGGGAUUAUAGUUAAGGCUGAUUCAAUAACUGGCUAAAUUAUAUGGGCGAAAAGCUUUUGGCAUUCAGCAACUCAAUACAAACUAGCUUAAAAUAAUCCUAAUAUAAUCCAAAGUAAAUUCGAUAAAACUUUGAUUAUUGUCGCACCAAUUAAAAAGGACUCUUAAAUUUUGAAAGUUUCCACAGAUGGUUAACUAAUACGAAAAGUAAGAAUAGUAACAAAUUCUUAUGAAAUUAGAAGGACAAUGAUAGUUUAAAAUCCAAGUAACCAAAAUAUCAUUCUGGUAUCUUAAACUGAUGCAUCAUUUGGAAGAUAGAUGGUAUAUUUGGAUAAAGACUUAAAAUCAAUAGAUGGAGGUAGAAUUCUAUCAAGCCCAUUAACCUAAAAUUUUCAUACUAUAAAGUUUGUAGCUCAGACUAGCAAGUAUUUUAUUAUUGCAACUACUGAUUCAAUGCACAGUUCAACAUUUUCAUUAGAACCUGUAAUAAAUAAGUUUUCUUUUAACUGGCAUGAAACUUCUAAAUACCAAUGUGUUGGAUUUACAUUAAUUCUUGAUAACAACAUUGGAGUAAUAUAAGAUAGUGACACCAAUUUUAUUGAUAUUUAAGCUGAUGCAUAAAUAUAGACCACAAGCACCUUUACUUAUCAAGUAGAUUUCUUAAGAUCAGUAUAAGUUCAUCCUUAUUAAAAUAUCUCAAGAUUACCAGUUUAUUUUGGAUAUGAUGGACCUACCAAAAUACAAUUAAUUCCAGCUUCAUAUAAGUAUUAUUGCUAGGAAAGCGCUAAUGUUCCUCCUUCAGAGAUUGAUUUUCCUGAGUUUACAAUGAAACAAGGCUCAACUGGGAUGUAUCAGAUUGAUGCAUUGUAAGUAAAGCAAUGCUAGGGAUAUAGUUCUAAGAUAAAAAGUAUUUAUAAUGAACAAAAAUUAUAGUCUUUUACUAAACCAUACCUCUCAAUGAAGGGCAACAUCAUUACAAUUGAUGGAACCUAAACAACAUUGUAACCAAGCUUUAGACUUUGGUACAUCUUUGUAGAAUCUUCUAAUGCUAAGGCUACUCUUGUGCAAUUACCUAUUUUUGUAUGGCCUUCAUCUUUCUAAGAAGCACCGAGAAAUGAAUCUACUAGUACAUGCACAGGUAUUAUAUUCCCCAAAGCUAUUGCAGCAGCAGAUGGAGAUUUUGAGCAUCUGAAUUCUGAUAUGGACGAUUCUAAUGGUAAUUUCUUGAUUUGUGGAAUUAAUAAGAACUCCUAACAUCAACUUAAAGAUUAUAAUACAGUUGGUAGAGGAGGAGUAAUAGCUCUUUUUGGAAUAACAGGUAAACCUUAUUGGGCAUAUUCAGCUUUGCUUCCUCAAAAUAGGUUCAUAACAAGUUGUAUUUUUAGUGUAGAUAAAUCUUCAGUGUAUAGCUUGGUUGGACAUUUUAUAAGUACUGGUUAUAUUUAAGGGUUUAUGAAAUAAAAAUAUGAGUCAGGGAAAUUUAUCUACAUCAAGUAACUAUAAAACAACGUAUUAAUUCAAGGUGAAUAAAAACUAUACUUUUAAACUUUUCUGUCUCAGGAUCCUUAUACAAAUGACUUAUAUUUGAGUUACAAAAGAUUCGAUACUGGAUUUGGGUUUUAAAAGAAAUGGUAGGCACAGCUAUUUAAGAUUCGAGAUGAAAAUAAUCAAGCUGAACUCCAAUGGACAUCAAGAUUUUAAAAUUUAGUUGAGCCUAAUACAAUGUACAUUUAUCAUUAAGCAUAGUAUGAGCAGGAUUCUGAAUAUAUGUACUGUGUAGGAAGUACAUUAUUAUAUUUACCAAAUGGAACAUUAGGUCUAACAAAUGUUAUAUCUAAGAUCAAUAAAAGAAUAGGAACAUUUAGUUUUGUGACUUUGAAUGUCUCUACGAAUAGUUUUGAGGAAAAUAGAGCUGCAAUCAUUUUAGAUUCAGGAAAAUUAAUAGCUGGUUUUGUAAACAGAACUUAAAAAAUAGUGUCAAUGACAACAUUAAACACAAAUCUUCAAGUUAUUGAUUCAAAUUCUUUUUCUUAUAGUUUUGUAUAGCCUAAUGAAACCAAGAGUUAUGAAAUUUCAAUGAUAAAACAAGUAUUUACCAGUGCUUUAACAUUUGGACUAAAGAUGUAUAUCUACAACGGUUACAUGUAUUUGCUUCACUCUGGAUAGAGUUAUAAGUAUCUUUACCAAUCAUCUGUCUUUGAUCGAUAUACAUUAGAUUUCAAUGCUCCUGACUCAUGUGUUGCUUCUUUAUUACAAAACGUAUCUCCAUUGCCUACACUAUCAUCAAAUGCAAAUACUGCAUUGCUGAAUUUUUAAGCUUAGUUCACAUUGUAAACAGUUUAUGAUGUUGGAAAAUUUAGUAACUAAGAUGCUGGGUUUUACAUGGAAUUAAUAAAUUACUCAGUUGGCUUUGGGUACUCUUAAGCUACUCUUUUGGGCUGUCCUAAUCUUGUCAUAGAUUGGCCAGAUGAUCCCAAGGAUUUAUUCAUAAAACUGCCACAAGUUGAUUUAGUCACUUAAGUAAUAAAGCAAGCUUAAUUAUGCACAGGCGAGCGUUUACUGUUCAGCUGGAAAGCUGAUCAUUUCAACCCAUAGCCUACUGCAAUAUUCUCAACUGAUGCUCCUGAAGGUUCUCAAAUGAAUAUUAAUGCCACUGCUCUUGGAAUAGGUAUCUACUCAAUUUCUGUGUCAUUUAGUUAAGGCGUUGAUUAAACUUUAACAAAAAGUUUUAAGGUUGUGAUAAGCCCACCUCAAAAUUUCACAAAACCAAUAAUAGCAGAGUGCUAAUAAACAAUUUACCCUUUCUAUACUAAUUCAAUUACAUUAACCUAUAAUUAUGCAGAUGCCACAUUUGAUGAUUCAGUUCUGGUACUAUGUGGAAUGAGCAAUUCUGAUAAUGUACCUGUGAUCAAUAAAGCAUAUCCAUUUUUUGCAUUUUACAACAAGAACAUUAUUUAAAACUACUGGCUUACAUUACAAUCAGGGUUAGGUGAUGGAGAGGCUACUUUUUGCUAAUUUGAUGAUACAAAUAAUAACUUAUUUUCAAUUGUUCAAGCUAAAUCUACCGCAAUAGUUGCCAUUUAUGAUACAGUCUAUGCCUAUAAAAUUGAUCCUAUUGGAAGACUUGUAUCGUCAAAGAUGCUUUAGACUGCUGGAAAUUAACUCUUAGCUCCUUAUGGAACCUAUGAUAACAAUACGAAAUCAUUUUAUAUAUCUGGCACAAUCGAAUAAAGCAGUCUAAUGCUUACAAACUAGAGUGGAUUCAUUUGGAAAUUAGAUGAUAAUCUAAAUACAAUAUAUUUCAGUGUCUACUCACUUUAUAGUCUUAAUGUCUUUCCUUAAGCUAUUGCUUCUUCGGUAGGAGGCUACGCUCAUCAGCUUGUAGGGAGGCCAACAUCUUCAGGAAAGUUACAUAUUGGAGUUUUAAAUUUAUUAGCGAAUGGAACAAUUUUUUCAAGCAAAUUUUUUAUUUCAACGAUUCCUGAUAGUUAUAAAACUGGAUCUUAAUAAACUGAAUAUGACAUAGUAUAUCGCAAUUAAUAUGUUUAUUCAGCAUUUUCUUACCUUAUAAUGGCACCAACAGAAUUCAAUGAAAUAUAUGUUAGUAAGCAUAUUAUCUCUUCUGGAUCACUUAGUCAAUAAAGAGUAUUUAUACUGCCUGAUGAUUAAGGUACUGCUAUUUCAAUUACUUUUAUUGAACCAGACCCUUAUUUCUAUUUAUUUGUUGAAGGAAAAUAGAAGGGAAAGUCCUAUAUAUUUAAAAUGAGUGAAUAUAUGGCGUUUAUAGAAUUCUUUAUAUCUUAUCCAACGGCUCCAAGCUCAGAUGCUUUAGCAUUGAAUUCAUUUAGAUCUAGCAAGAAUAUAUAUUUCAUGUACUCAUAUAAACCUCCAUCAUCCAACUAUAAGAAUCUCAUGAUAUCUAAGUUCAAAAUUGAAGAUAUGUCAAACAUCAAAUCAACUUCUUACUACUGCUCAUCACUAUAUAAUUAAGAAUUAUCAGGAAUUGAUACCAAAGUUAAGGCUUCAGUAAAUGGAGCAUCAAACUCAUUGUUAUAUACUUUCUGGACAAUUUUGCCAGUUAUAAGUAAAGUUUAUAGUAUAUCUGAAAUGAAGAGUUUUAUUUAAAGUGCUAGCAUGCAAAUUAAUACCUGCAUAACAUAAUCACCAGCUACUCCUGGAGUGACAAAGGAUUUUGUGGGUGAGAGAGCCAUAUUCAUCUCUAAAUCAGACUUUUUUUUGAAUAUAUCUCCAUUUAAGUAAUGUCAAGGAGUAAAUUUCACAACUAACAUGAUUUAUUCUUAUCAGAAAUCUAAUGUGUUGGUUUUUGAAGCACUUCCAUCUUGGAUUGUCCUAGUAGAAACAGAUAUUUCUGCCCCAUACUUGAUAGUCUCUCCGACUUCGAACUCCCAAGCAGGAAAUUAUACAUUGAUCUAUAACUCUACAUUUCUUGAUUUGCUUUCAUAUAGAUAGUCUUCAGCAAAAAUCUAAUUGCAGGUUAACCCUAAUCAACCACCUUUUCUCUAAGAGACAUUCAAUAAGACUGUUACUAUUUAUGGCAUGCAUUCAUUUAGGGAUGUCAUUUAUUUUGACAAGGAUAUCGAAUACAAUGAGGCUGUGAUUUGGUUAAACUUUUACGAUACUUAGAAUAGUGCUAUUCUUAGCACUACAUCAUGGGUUAAAGUAAAUUCUAAUUCUAGUGAAUUAGUAGAAUAUGAAUUAGAGAAUCCACCUAAUCCUUCAGCUAAUACUGUUUACUACUUAAAAUUCUUUGUUGCAGAUGAAUAUAAUAUGCUUUCACCAAGGCAUUUUUCGAAGUUUUUCUAUCAUGAAAACUUUAUAGAUAUGGAGGGAGAUAAUUAUACUGUUGAUUGUAAUACUAUCUUAAAGCCUUCAACUUCCCCUAACAAGGAUUGGAUCGAAUUUACAGAUUAUGAAAAUGGUACCUACAGUAUCAUUGGAGCUACCCCUAAAAAUAAUCAAUUUGCUGGAAUCUAUACAAUAAAUUGUCUUCUAUCAGAUGGAUUUAGUGAUUCACCUAGCACUUUUUAGAUUACUGUUAAUGUGAUUGCCAAACCUUAAAUAAAGCUUUUGUAUCAUCCAGUAGUCCAUUCAAAUUGGCUUUAAUUCGAUGAUUAGAAUAUGACAUUUUAAUUUGUUCCUAGAGAAAACAAAUACCAAGGUUUGCAUGAAUUACAUCUGAAAUUUGAUGAUGAGAUAUCUACUCCAACAUAUUUAAAGUUUUUUGUGACUAUUAUACCUAAUUAUGGCCUUAAAUCAAAAGGUGAUUUGCCCAACAGAAUCGCUAUAGCAAAUAACAAUUUUAUGUUUCAUACAAAUGUUAUUUCUCUAUUCACCAACCCCGAGAAAAUGGAUUAUAGUUUUUAUUUUAGAGAGUAUGCAGGAUUCGCGACUGAGGAUUCAAUUGGAGAAUAUAAUAUUGAGCUAGUUGGAGUUGAUGAUUCAUUUUUGGAGACAGUGAUUUCAUUUACCUUGAGAGUUUAACGGAAUUUUCUUAAAGAGUGCUAACUAUGUGAGAAGGGAUUUUUCUAUUUUGAAAAUGGUUGCUACUCAUAAUGUCCAUAAGGCUAUUAUGAAGAUAACAUUGACUCAUCAUGUAAAUAAUUAUUUUAAAGUAAUGAGUUCGGUAUUGUUACUAGGCAAGGAUAUUACUUGAGUAAUACUGCUUGCAUUAUUCCAAAAUGCAGCAAAGGAUAAUUCUUUAAAUGGGAAACUAAUCUUUAAAAUGGAGUCGUGAAUGGCUAAUGCGAAAAUUGCCAUCCAAGUUGUAAGAACUGCAUUGGCUUUGGUGAGUUCUAAUGCUUGGAUUGUUACCUAGGUUAUGAAUAUAUAUCAGAGAACAGAACUUGCAUCAAAUGUGAAGAUAUACUAGGAAUGUUCACCAACGAAGAGAUGGAAUGUGAAGAUUUGUGUGGCGAUGGUAUAAUAGUUGAUAAGAACUGUGAUGAUGGGAAUCAAAAUAAUGGCGAUGGAUGCAGUAAUAAAUGUGAAGUUGAAGCUGGAUUUAGUUGUCCAUUUGCAAAUUAUACAUGCCAUGAAAUUAUUCCACCUUUCCUCACUAUAACAUCUAUUACUUAAUUAAAUCUUAUCAUGCUAGAAUUUUCAGAACCUAUAAAAAUAGAAAAUGAAAUUGUUUUUACUCCUGAAAAUCUAAAAAUUGAAAUUAAAGGCUCAAAACUUGAUUACAAAUUUGAUUGGAGAAUAGUUGAAUAAAGUAAAUAAUAGCUAGUUCCAGGUAGAAAGAUUGAUAAAUUUUAGAUAAUUUUAAGUGAGAUGAAAUAAAGUCUUUAUGGGUCAGAAGAGAUUAGAGUGUCAUUUUAAAAUUCAACCCUUAUAAAAGAUCUUGCAAAUAAUACUUUGCUAGAUUAGUAUGCCAGCACUAAUCCAUAUCCAUUUACUUAUUUGUCACCAGAAGAGAAAAAGGUUUCAACGAGUGGAGAUAUUGAGUUUCCUCCACAAGUAUCUAUGUUUACAAGCUAUUUAACAAUUGCAAGUGGUGACAUUGAUCUUUAGAGCUUUGUUCCUUCAGUAAUGAAGAUGAUAAUCAUUGAAGAAGAUCUUUAUGAACCUAUUGACUCCUAAAAGUUUUAUUACAAAUUCUAGGCUGAUAAUCUAACUCCUUAUGUAGCAAUUAGUUACGGUGAGAAAAUAAGUUUAUGGAUGGUUUCUAUUUUAGUGAUACUCCCCUUUGCCUUGAUUUUAAGCAAAAAAUUUAAGACUGUAAAGUUAUUCUAAAAUCUAAUCUAAGGAUUCUUCUAUAAUGUACCCUUGAGAACAUUUAUAGAGUUGUAUCUAGAACUGAUAUUGAUAGUUUUGAUAAAUACCUAAUUCGUCAAAUUCUCUAACCGAUCACAAAUUUUUGCAUCAAUUACUUUAUUUUUUGUGGGAUCUUUUUCAAUACUUUUGCCAUUUCUACUUAUGACUGCGAUUUUUUAAAAUAGAAAAAAUAUUGAAAAACGUAGAUGGAUAAAUUCACUUGGAAUACUGACCGAAGACUUGCAAUCAGAUCAUUUAUUGCAAAUCUACUAUUACCCACUGUUCAUAUUUUAAAGAUUAACUAUAUGCGCAAUUCUUGUGUUUGCUUUUAGUUACCCACUCAUUUAAUGUGCGAUGGCGCUUGCUUGCAAUUUCACUAUGAUAAUCUACCUGAUAAAUAUAAAACCAUUUAAACAAGAAAAUUUGCAAGCUACAACAGUCCUUGACGAAGUAAUCAUAAUGCUAAUCAUAAUAAUCUUCACUCUUUUAACUGUGAAUGAUUACAACGUAGAUGAGAGGAAAAAUUAUGGAUGGAUAAUUGUAGCUCUAAUAGCUUUUAGUAUAAUUAAGAACUUCAGUGUUGCAAUUUACUUUGGCUGCAGCAAGGCUAGUUAAUCGUAUUAAAAUAUAUUCUUGCAGGAGGAUAAAGAAAUAGAUUCACCUCAUUCAAGCGACAAUGAAUCUGUAUUAAGUUUUGGGUCAGAGACUUUUGAUGGUCAUUAAAAUGGUAGAAAUAGAACUAAAAGAUUUAAAAAUCUUUUGAAUAUAAAUACAAUAAAUGAUGAUAGUCCGAGAAAAGCAAAGGAAAUAACAUUUUAAUGA